AUGACGUCGUUUCGUCUUCCUUCUUCGGCCUCUUGGUCUGCAUCUCGCUGCCUCUCCCAGACUUUGAUGCUUGGUUGUGUGAGUGGAUCACCAACAAACACGGUUCGGCCGGCUGGAGCAUAUCGCAGCUUUCCAAUCGGCACGCGGGGUAUCGGAGAGGCUUGCAUUGGAUCGCCCCAGACAUCCCUGGCUCGCAGAACGGUAAACCCUGAAAACGAGACGACAAGAAAGACGCGAGACAUGCACCGCCGGGCCAGUUGGAUGCCUGUGCGGCCCGCCGUCCUAGCCAGGCGAUUCUCUUACUGGUCGCCGUCACCACCGCCGCAAGCCAUCGUUCAUCUACACUUGGACGCACUGGGGGAUUGA